GAGACAAGCCUGGGUAACACAGGGAGACUCCGCCUCUACAAAAAAAUUAAUAAAAACCUUGAAAAUGGGAGUGCUUUUAUCAGGAAUGUACACCUCAUAAUGCAUCAGAAAUAAUCAUUUUGCAGCAAAGCACCACAAAUAAGGCUCCGCCCCGAGGGGUGUGGCCGACCAAAGACGCAAAGCAGUGACCUGGGUGCAUCCGGGCCAGGCUGUAUAAAAGCCCAGGCCCCAGAAGGCGCCCAGAAGUUUCAGAGUGUGUUCCUCUCCGUCUGCAAGUAGCAAAGUGCCCGGCCUGCCAUAUGGAUCAAUUUCUGGUGGGGUCUUGCUUUGUCACCCAGGCCGGAGUGCAGUGGCACAAUAACAGCUCACUGUAGCCUCUGACUCCUGGGCUCACGUGAUCCUCCUGCCUCAUCAUCCCAAGUAGCUGGGACUACAGGAUCCCAUAACUAAAGAUCUAGUUCAGUCAUCAGGCAACAUCAAAGAGAUGGAUUCCAGUCUUCUCCAGGCAAUUGAGGAAAUUGAUAAAUUUUUCCAGCAUCUCUCUGAGCGGCAUACAGAACAGGCAGAAACCCCAGAUGCACCAGAACCACAGAACUGUAUGCCUCUGACUGCCCAUGCUGAGGAGAGCCAACAUGAGUCAACCCAGAGCAAGACGAUGCCUCCCUUGGGGUCCACAAUGAUGACUUCUGCAUGCACUAACAUCCCUGGGACAGUUCUCACCCAGGACUUAACAAUGCACCCUGUUAAAGCCCUUGAAGACCUAAGUGAGACUUAUUCCAUGGGCCAGAAAGUGACUUCCUUUGAUCAGAUAAAACACACAGCAGGCUCCCAGAUGACAGAUGUUACUGACACCCCAAAGUCAUCACCCACUGAUUGCCAGAAGACAACCAUCACUGCAAGCAACAUGACAAUCUCCAAUGAAAGUAGCCAGCUGAACACCCCAAGCAGUGACCAGACCCUCAAUGAGAGUCAGAUACCAGCCCUGCAUGGAGAUCAGAUGAAGACCCUCAGUGAUAACCAGACUCUCUGUGGGGACCAGGUGACCUUCAGUAGUGACCAGACCCUCACUGAUGGUCAUACAGUGACUUCCAGUAGCGAUGAGACCCUCUCUGGGGGCCAAAUGACAACCAGUCUAGACCUCUAUGGAGGGCAAAUGAUGACUUCCAUUGAUAACCAGACCCUCUGUGGGGAGCAGAUGACGACCUCCAGUGGUAACCAGGUCCUCCACGGGAGACAGAUGAUGACUUCCACUGGUAACCAGACCCUCUGUGGAGAGCAGAUGACAACUUCCACUGGUAACCAGGCCCUCUAUGGGGGGCAGAUGACGACCUCCACUGGUAACCAGGCCCUCUACGGGGGGCAGAUGACGACCUCCACUAGUAACCAGACCCUCUGUGGAGAGCAGAUGACGACCUCCACUAGUAACCAGACCCUCUGUGGGGAGCAGUUGAUGACCUCCACUGGUAACCAAGCCCUCUACAGGGAGCAGAUGAUGACCUCCACUAGUAACCAGACCCUCUGUGGGAGACAGAUGACGACCUCCACUGGUAACCAGACCCUCUAUGGGGGGCAGAUGAUGACCUCCACUGGUAACCAGACCCUCUAUGGGGGGCAGAUGAUGACCUCCACUGGUAACCAGAACCUCUAUGGGGGGCAGAUGAUGACCUCCACUGGUAACCAGAACCUCUAUGGGGGGCAGAUGAUGACCUCCACUGGUAACCAGAACCUCUAUGGGGGGCAGAUGACGACCUCCACUGGUAACCAGAACCUCUAUGGGGGGCAGAUGAUGACCUCCACUGGUAACCAGAACCUCUGUGGAGAGCAGAUGACAACCUCCACCGGUAACCAGGCCCUCUAUGGGGGGCAGAUGACGACCUCCACUAGUAACCAGACCCUCUGUGGAGAGCAGAUGACGACCUCCACUAGUAACCAGACCCUCUGUGGGGAGCAGAUGACGACCUCCACUAGUAACCAGACCCUCUGUGGGGAGCAGGUGACGACCUCCACUGGUAACCAGGCCCUCUACGGGGGGCAGAUGACAACCUCUGCUAGUAACCAGGCCCUCUACGGGGGGCAGAUGACGACCUCCACUAGUGACCAGACCCUCUGUGAGGAGCAGGUGAUGACCUCCACUGGUAACCAGGCCCUCUACUGGGGGCAGAAUAUGAUGACCUCCAAUGGUAACCAGAACCUCUACGGGGGGCAGAAUAUGACCUCCACUGAUAACCAGGCCCUCUAUGGAGGCCAGAUGGCAACAUAUAGUGGCAACCGGACCCUCUAUGGGGACCAGAUGCUGACUCUUCAGGUGGGCAAUAUGACAACGCUCACUGAUGACCACAGCCUUUAUGGGGGAUAUAUGAUGUCCCAUCAGUUCUCAUCAUUGCCAUACCCAGGAUUCCUAUGCUUUUCAAGUUCCCAUUUGAUUCAAGGACAACUCCCAAAACAGAAGACACAGAGCUGCCAGUUCUGGAAGAAUCCUGAGGUUUCAAGGCCCUAUGUCUGCACUUACGAGGACUGCAAGAUGUCUUAUUCAAAGGCUUGCCACCUCCGAACCCACAUGCGAAAGCACACCGGUGAGUGAGGACCCAGAAACAGGGGUGAGGGGCAAGUGGCUACAGAUUUGUGCCUUUACAAAGCCUUGGAAGCAUUUGAGAUUGCUGCCACUUCCUUUAAGCCAGGGAUUCAAAAAGAUUCUAUAAUAGAAAAGGUUGGCACCUUCAGAAGGGUAGAUAAAGCAGUCCUAGGGACAGGCUCUAGUCCUGGACCAGAGCCAGGCUGGCUAUAGCCUUUAGUGGUGUUGACUGCUGGUUUGAUGGGAAUAAGUGGAGGGAUUUCUUUGGCCUCUUGCAGGUAGAUGUUCUUGACGCUAUUUCUACUGGGACCGUCACUUCAUAGUGACAGGGCCCCCAGGCCCCACUUCCCUCAUCCUCCUUAUUCCCCCCACUAACUUGCCUGCCAAUAACUGUCUCUCCUCCUGUUUGUUUUUUUUCUUCUUCCUUUCCUCUUCUUCCCUUCUUCACAGUUUUCCUCUUGUCUCUCCAGCUUUUGCAGCCCUCAUUCCCCUCCUCCUUCACUCACCUCCCCCACUCCCGUCUCCUCUGGCUCUCCCUCUCCCACUCCAACUUGUUCAAAAACUUUUUCUUGUUCACUUUCAAUGUCCCUGCCCUACCUCACCCUGAUGUAUGACAGGUCUCUCUCUCUCUGUCUGGUCCAGGGGAGAAGCCCUAUGUAUGCAAUGUAGAGGGAUGUACGUGGAAAUUUGCCCGCUCAGAUGAGCUCAACAGACACAAGAAAAGGCACACUGGGGAAAGGCCCUACCUGUGUUCAAUAUGCAGCAAGAGUUUUGCAAGAUCUGAUCACCUAAAGCAGCAUGCAAAGGUCCACAACAUUCGCCCAGGAUUAUGAACCCUUCAGCCCAUGUGGAAAUGUGUACAGCUAAAAGAUUCUCCCUAUUGAGUUUGUUUCCCUUGAACAAGCUCCCCUAUUUCCCUAUGCCAGUAGCUAGUAGGUGCUUAAUAUUAUUCAUAAGUUUUCUAAAAUAUACAAAAAAAGUAGGUAUGCGUUUUCAUGUAAAAACUGGAUGACUUUCAACUUGAAACCAGAAGCGCUCUUCAUUCAUUCCCCUCUCUCAGGGUAAUGGCUUUUAUCAGCAUGCUGUGAAUCCUUCUAGAUCUUACUCUGUAUUUACCUGUAUGUGUACUUUUAAAAACGUAUCUAUGUAGGUGAUUGAGAUUGAUAUGUGUAUAGCUCAGAGGGUAAAGAAUGAAACUUUUUUUUGUCUGUAGCUGAGUCCAUGUUUCUUUGGAGCCUCAUUCCUAUGAGGUAAAAAGGAGGGGACGCUCAGUCACGUCCAGUGUAAAGUGGUCUCAGGUUAAAUGGACUUUGCUUAGAAGAGUACUUAGCCUAUUCAAAGGUUCAACCUCAGGCAGGUGUGGUGGCUCACACCUGUAAUCCUAGCACUUUGGGAGGCCAAGGUGGGCAGAUUGCUUGAGCCUGGGAGUUCCAGACUAGCCUGGGCAACGUGGCGAAACUCUGUCUCUAC